AUGAGUCCUGAAGCUUUUACAAAUCUACCUUCAAUUAUUUCAAAGAAGAAGAGCAUAGAUUCACAUUCCGAUUGGAAGAUUUUAUAUGGAUAUUACGGUUCUAAUAUGAUUAUAUCUUGGCCAUCUGAUCCAAUGAUAGAUGAAAGCUCGGACUUACACCAACUCAAGGUCGAAAACAGGGGUGCUGGAGCAAAUUCACAAGUUCCUUGUAAGGUAUCAAAGCAACGCGGCGCAUCUAAGGGAAGAACUUAUACUUCAAAGUACCGAGGGGUUCAUCAAACUUUCCCCACGCAGCGCUGGGAGGCACAAUUUCGUCGACAAGGAAAGCCAACCUCACUGGGAUGUUUUGAUGAAGAAGGGGAAGCAGCGCGAGCAUACGACAGAAUGAUGAUUUGGAGUGAGCUACAUCCAUUUCAAAGCAGCACUGAAGUAAAAGACGCAAUAACGCGUCUAUCAAGUAUAUCAUUAAAUUUUCAUUAUCUUGAAUAUGAAGAGGAUAUAGAUGCUCUUCGGCAAAUUUCACAGGAAAAGCUGAUUCAAGAACUUCGAAAACAAGGCAGAUUGCAGCAAAAUUCGAAACAUGAUUUGCAAUGA